AUGUCGUCGGAACCCUCCCCGUCGCCGCCCACGGCGAUAUGCCUGACCAUCAAGAACCUCACGAAGCGAGACUUCACGCUCGGCGAGGUGCCCCUCGCGCUGACCGUGGGCGAGCUCAAGGCGCGGAUCGAGUCGGAGUACGAGGGAAACCCGCCGCCCAACACGCAGCGCAUAGUGUACGCCGGCGCGCUGCUCAGGGACGAAAGCGCGGGGCUGGCGGACGUGGUCAAGGCUUCGGAUCUGGAGGCUGGCGCGGUGGUGUUUCAUCUGGUGCUCCCCGCGGAAGCCUCGUCCACGGCGAGCACGCCCGCGAGCACGCCGGGUGCGACGCCGGCGAGCGCGCGAGAACCCGGUGCCGAAACAUCCACGCCCUCGAGCGCGCCAUCGCCCGCGGACGGGCGCCUCCCCGCGCAGCCGGGGACCCCACCGCCCGCGCCUCGAGCGGAUCAGCAGUCCGCGUACCCGCCACAGCCCGAGGCGACGCCCGCGUUUGGGUUUAGCAAUCAACCGCCCCCCGCGACGACCCAACCCGGAUCGAGUCGACCGACCACCCCGGGGAUGACGCCCACCGUCGCGGCGUACCCUCCCCCUUACGCGGGCCUGGGCGCGCACUCGCCGCACGUGCAGGCCGUCUACGCGUCCGCGUACGCCGCCGCAUUCAACUCGCUGAGCCCCGGCGGGUCCCCCGCGCCCGGAGCGCCCGUCGCCGUGCCCGUCCCGGUGCCCGUGUUUGGCUUUGGCGGCGGGUGGGGCGCGCCGGGGUGGGGCGCGCCCGGGUGGAACGGAGCCCCGGGCGGGUACCAGCAGCACGGUGCGCCGGGGCAACAGCAGCACCACGCGGUGCUCGCGCCGGGGCAACAGCAGCCGACGACGCCGACGCCGCCUCGAUUCGACCUGAACGAUCCCGACCAGGCGGCGCGGGCGGUGGCGCAGGCGGUUCGCGACGGAGAUCCGGUGGCCGCCGCCGCGGCUGCCGCGGCGGCGGCGGCGGGGGGGCGACCGGUGCACGUGAUGCAGAUUCACAUCGACCUGAGGCUGAUCAUGAAGUUGGCGAUGAUCGUGGCGGUGGCGUCUCAGGGCGCUACAAACGUGAGGAUGGCGAUUUACGCGGCGAUGGCUGUCGUCGUGUACCUGUUCCAGACGGGCGCGGUGGCGUGGGUGAUUCGUAGGUUCCUCCCGGACAUCCUCGACGAACAAGCGGACGGUAUGGUCGGUGGGAUGGGCGCGGUCGGCGGCGGUGGUGCGGGGCGCGCGGGAGGAGCAGCGGCGCCCCCGCCGCGGCGUCGACCGCCGCAGGGACCUCGAACAAACGCUGUGCUCCCCGGCAUGCGCGACGGGAUGCCCAGGAGCUGGUUCGGGGAGAUCAAGGUUCUGGUGUGCGGUUUUCUGGCGUCGCUCCUGCCCAGCUGGCAGCCGCCGGAGCUGUACAGGCAUCCCCGACCCGGGGCUGCCGCCGCCGGGCCAGAGCGCCCACAUCAGGAUUGA